GUGUAGUCACUGCUAAGACAUUUGACUGUUCAAACGUGUUCCCAUUCCGGAAAAAAUUCGAACGUUAAAUUUUAUUUUUGCAGUUAACAACGAAUUUUACUGUAUUUAAUACGACAAUUGUUCCAGUGUAUCUCAACGGAAAAUUUUAUUUACAUCAUAAUUAAGUGAUUUUUCGCGUUAAAAAAAAAAAUACCAAAAGUAAAUAAAAAAUAAUUUAAAAAUGGCACGUAGUGGAUUUUUGGCAAUUGCUGUUAUCGCUGUUAUUAUGGCCGUCUCAUUCCAAGAGGCCUCCGCCAUUAAAUGUUGGAGAUGCUCAUCGGAUGCAUCAAACGCAGCAUUCUGUAAUGACCCAUUUGACGCAAGCAUCAUUAGUGAUCAACAAAGACGAUGGAGCUAUGUUGAAUGCACAUAUCCACCAGGUCAAUUGAAUCCAUACAGCCAAUCGACAAACCAAAGAGCCGUUUGCAAAAAGGUCAAACAACUCGUGAACGACAAGUACGUCAUUUCUCGAUCAUGCUUCUGGGAGAAUGUAAACGCACCGAAAGAUGAGUGCAUUAACAACAACACGCCGUCAUACAUCAAAACAGAAUUCUGUGAGACCUGCUCAACUGAUGGAUGCAACGGUGCCGCCCAAUACGGUCCAAUUGCUCUGCUGGUCGCAAUUCCAGUGGCUAUUGCCAAGAUUUUAUUAUUGUAAGCCCUGUCCAUCACCCCCUGCUUUGUCUCACUAUCUUAAUUUUCUCUUCCGUUGCAAAAAAUUCAAAACUUUUUUUGUUUUGUUAAGUUUCAUGUUUGAGUUUUUUUUUUUAAUAUUGAAUGAAAAAUGAUCCGGAUCUAUUUUUGUU